AUGCCCAAAGAAUUCUUUACAGUUGGCUGCUUCAAGUUGUUGUUCCAAAAGGGCGGCAAAGAAUCAGCUCUGGACGUUCCUGUAGGUACCUACACGGCCGCUGACAGCAUAUUUGUCGAUAGUACAGAGUGUGACAUUCUCUAUAUGUCUCGUUCAGCAAAUCUUGCCAGCUUACCCGCAGUUAUAGUGGAAAUACAACACACAAUGAUAUGUAACUUGAUGUGCCAAGCUGUCCAGUUCUACCUGAACGUGUACAAACGUUUUCACACCUUCCCAAUCUUAUUCAUCGUCUGUAUCUCAAAAGCGGAAUCUAAAGCCCUCGAUGACCUCUUCAAAUCUUCCAAAACAAGAUUUAUCUACUGGAAACACCUUGUUUCCACUUCGCAAAAAAACUGCUUCAUGCUGACCAAAGAGAGCAUCGAUCCCUUUAUCGAUAAUCGUGAUAUCAAUGUGUUGGACCUUUUGAUUGCCUUUGCCCAUUUUCUGACGUCUGGCCAACAAAGCAUCAUCAGCAUUGACCGAUGGGACGACCCAAGCGUCACAAGACUAUACUUGGUCGACAUGAAAAUGGUUAAAAAUGACAGGGAAACAGAGACCGACAAAAUGGAGGCCUUGCGAACGAUUUGUCAAACAACGCAGAGUCAAUUUGAGAAGAUAUUAUCGACAAAUUGCCGACAACCCCCAGCUGAGCGCAAGCUUACGCAAAUGCAGGAUGACACUACAGCGCGAGUCUCAAAAGGACUAAACAAACUUGGGAUACUAAAAAAGAUGCAACAGGAAUUAGUGAAGGAAGAAGAUGAGAACCUAUUUCCCCUUGUAAUCAAUCUGUUACAUGGUCACAUGUCGUAUAAAAAAAAAAAGAAAUAA